CCCAUAAAGGCCGCGGGGCAGGGCCGGGUGUCCGUGUGUCGGUGUCCGUCUGUCCCUGUGUCAGUGUCUGUCGCCUGCCCGCGGGAUGCUGGCGCUGAGCGCCGCCCGCCGCCUGCUUCGCCCGCCCGGGGACCUGCUGCCGCCGCCGGGGCUCGCCUGCAUGUGGGCGGCCGGCGCCCGCGGCUGCAGCGGGGCCGGCGCCGGGCCGCCGAACCCGGUGGUGUACCUGGACGUGGGCGCCGACAACCAGCCGCUGGGACGCGUGGUGCUGGAGCUGAAAGCCGAUGUGGUUCCAAAGACAGCAGAAAACUUUAGAGCACUUUGUACUGGUGAAAAAGGUUUUGGGUAUAAAGGAUCCACUUUUCACAGAGUGAUUCCUUCAUUUAUGUGCCAGGGUGGUGACUUCACAAAUCAUAAUGGAACCGGUGGAAAAUCCAUUUAUGGCAGUAGAUUUCCAGAUGAAAAUUUCAUACUGAAACACGUAGGACCUGGUGUUCUUUCAAUGGCCAAUGCAGGACCCAAUACAAAUGGAUCCCAGUUCUUCAUUUGCACUGCAAAAACUGACUGGCUAGAUGGAAAACACGUUGUUUUUGGGCACGUAAAGGAAGGAAUGGAUGUCGUGAAAAAAAUUGAGAGUUUUGGUUCCAAGAGUGGAAAGCCCUCCAAAAAGAUUGUCAUUACUGACUGUGGCCAGCUGUCCUAACGUUUUGCCCUACCCUUCAUGACGUCGAUGCUGUGAAAAAUGAAUCAUAAAAACACCCAAACAUUUCUGAUCUCAUAAGUAGCACCUGUGGAACCAUGUUUUCUAUUUAACUUGGUCCAACUUUUAUACUUGUUUUGAAUAAUACUGAUUAAAAGCAUAAAACAAUAAGUGAAGCAUGUUUUAACUGCACUACUGUGGUAGUCACACUGAUUUGGUAGAGUUCCACUGUGUUUUGCAAGAAGUGGUAUGAUCACCCAAAGUGUCUUAGAUUGCAAUGUUGAUACUCUUCUUAGUAUUUGGAUGUUUCAGGUCUUAGAAUUGGUGGUGGAGCUGACAGCUAAGUGUUCUGUAGUUGGGAGUUAGAUAUAAAUUGAGAAAUGCCAUGUUGCCUUUGGUGCUAAUAAAUGCUUAUUCUGUUGUUCAUCUUAUCAUUUUGAAACAAUACUACUAACAUGCUCUCAAGGCUGUCUGCAAAAAGACUGUUAGAUAAUUUCUUUCUGUGUCUCAGUUUAAGUCUAUCCAGUAGAUUUAAUGAGCGAUUAUGGGGUUUUUUUAAUUAGUUCUGGUUUAAUGUUUUUCUUUCCUAAUAGUCCCAGACCAUUUUUUCAAACUGAACUCUACCUUACCUGCUUCAGUGGAGCAAUUUGACUUCUGGGUUAAGUAAGUUGCUUCAGGUUGAGUUAGGCUGCUCCUGGAGCUCUACCUGCCAAUGAGACCUCAGUCGAGCCAAAGGAUCUCAGGACAUUUUUAUUAUGCAACAGUGAACUUGAAGUGCAGUUCUGUUUUGGGAUCUGGUUCUGUGAAGAAUACAGCUCAGUUCUCAAUGUAUGGCCUACUUUUGCACUUGUGAGCUUGCUUGAGUGAGAAAUAGGUUUGAUUGUUCUUUUGUUGUGUUGAUCCUACGAAGUCAGCCCACCUUGGGUAUUACUUGAAUUAUAAUUUCUUCUCAUGUAUCAUUGUCAGAAGUCAAAAUUGAUCACAAGAGAAUCACAAGGCCUAAUCAGUGCAGCAAAAUCAUUCUUGUUGGGGUUGAUGCAUGAGAAGGAAAGAAUUCAGUUGAUCAGCUAAACACAUUUCGUUUGUAUAAACUAGUAUGUAUGUUUUAUGUGGUGUGCUGGAGCAGCAACAAAUGUUGGAACCUCACAACAUAACCUUUAGAAUCACUAAGGCUCUAAGAUAUUAAUGAUUGUGAGAAUAAUCAAAUGAUUGUUUUGUGCAAUAAUAUCGUUACUUAAGAGAAAAAUAAAAUGUGAUGGCUUUCUUCAAGUGUGAAUUUAUUUUCAUUGCAAUAUGAUAAUAUGUGGGUUUGAAACUAUUUUGUACUGGAUUUUUUUUCCACUGAGGGCUGCAUUCAUGUGUGUGCAAGGUAUCAGAAUGUAAUUUUGCAAAAAAUGGAAUUGAAAAGCUUUUUCACUCUACCUGCUUCAUCUUUCUUUGUAGUAUUUUUUAAAAAUUAAUUUGUGCUGGUUUGGCUUAUUUCACUUGGAUACAGUAAUGUUUUGGUUGUUCUCUUAAUUUGUAUAUGAAAAUUAAUCAAAUACAGUUCUGCCACAAAAA